UGACGCCUUCCUCGAACCGAGGGGAAAGGGAGCCGCCGCCCUGUCCCCCAAAGACACAGGAGAGAAGGAGAUGCCGGGCCCCAUCGUCCAAGGAGAAGAAGAGCAGCUCGCCUCGUCCCUCAUGGAGGAACAGCAACAGCAGCAGGACGAUGCCCCCGUCGUCGAAGACGUCAACGAGGACGAAGACGAGGACGACGACGACGACGAUGACGCCGAAGGUGAACAAGGAGCAGGUGCAAAUGAAAGCUCCAAUCAGAGCAGGAGCGAGAAAAAGAGCCGCAAGGCCAUGCUGAAGCUUGGGAUGAAACCUGUUACCGGUGUCAGUAGGGUUGCCAUCAAGAGAACCAAAAAUAUCUUGUUCGUCAUAUCGAAACCUGAUGUCUUCAAGAGCCCGAACUCUGAGACAUAUGUCAUAUUUGGUGAGGCCAAAAUAGGGGACCUAAGCUCCCAGCUGCAAACACAAGCUGCCCAGCAGUUCAGGAUGCCAGACCUCAGCAAUGUUAUGGCAAAGCCGGAUGUGUCUGCUGCUGCACCUGCUGAUGAGGAUGAGGAGGAAAUUGAUGAGACUGGAGUGGAGCCUCGUGACAUUGAUCUUGUUAUGACACAGGCUGGCGUGUCUAGAGGGAAGGCUAUUAAAGCACUCAAGACCCACAGUGGGGAUAUUGUUAGUGCUAUAAUGGAGCUCACUGCCUAAUAUUUGCUUAGAAUUAUUUCUUCUUGAUGUCUUGUUAGAGUUUACCACAUUUUCAUCGGUAUCAUGUUGGCUAAUAUGAACAACUUGCGUAGCAUAACAUUUUAGUUGGUUUGAAAAUGAGAUUUUUCAAGUUGUGAGGUCGUGUCCUUAUCAGUGUCUAUGAAAACAUUUCCAUCAUCACAUUCUUUUCUGCUUGUAUCAUACUUAAUGGAUUGUGUUUCAUUGCA